GUCCCCCCACACCCCCGCCCUCCCUCCGUCCUUCCUCAUCACCUCUUCAUCCCACUCCCCCAGUAUAUAUGAGGGCAACGCGGCUCUUUUGGGACUCAUCUGGCGGACUGAGUCCAGCUACAGGGAACCUUCGGAACCAGACUGAUUUUGACUGCGCCGAGCCCGGGAAUUCUCGACAAUGAUGCUGCCUCUGUUGCUCCUCCAGCUGGUCCUGGCUCCAGCCCUAUUGGUGUCCGCUGAGGACUACUGGGAGGGGUGGGGUGCAUACGGACCAUGCAGUCGGACCUGCGGCGGUGGUGUGAUGGUCAGAAGCAGACGCUGUAUCACCCACAGAAACGACGGAGGCUACAACUGUGUUGGACCUGACAAGUCUUACCUGGCCUGUAACACUCAGGAGUGUCCCGCGGGAACUAAGGAUUACCGUGAGGAGCAGUGCGCCCAGUUCGAUGGGACUGACUUCAAGGGGUCACGUUACAGCUGGAUGCCUUAUUACGGAGCCGAGAACCCCUGCGAGCUGAACUGCGUGCCAAAGGGAGAGAACUUUGUCUACCGCCACAGUGCCACCGUUAAGGACGGAACACCUUGCCAUCCCGGACGCCUUGACGUUUGUGUGGAGGGAGUCUGCAGGCGCAUAGGCUGCGACAACAAACUGGACUCCAACAUGCAGGAGGACCCCUGCCUGCAGUGCGGAGGCCAAGGACAGACCUGCUCACUGGUCAGGAACACCUUCAACACGCAGCGUCUUGCUCCCGGUUACAACCCGAUGUUCACCAUCCCCGCUGGAGCCACCUCCAUCAGCAUUAGAGAGAAACACCCUUCACGCAAUUACCUCGCUGUCAGGAACCUGCAAGGAGAUUACUACCUGAACGGUCACUGGUCCCUGGAGUUCACCAGUGCUGCCCAAAUUGCCGGCACCAAGCUGUACUACCAACGAGGCGUAGAGGGCGACAACCUUCCCGAGUCCAUCAUCGGCCGCGGACCCACCACCGAGCCCCUCGUCGUGGAGCUGAUCAGCCAGGAGCCCAACCAGGGUGUGGAGUACGAGUACUACCUUCCCGUGGGACACCCCACAGAGGGAUACGCCUGGAGCUUCGGAUCUUGGUCCGCCUGCAGCAAAGAGUGCGGAAUUGGCUACCAGUCCAGAGCCGUCUACUGCUCCAUCGACAACGAGGCCGUGCCCGACCACCUGUGCCCGUACUAUGCCCGACCCGAGAGCAACAGAACCUGCAACCCUCAGGCCUGCCCUGUCACCUACGCCUGGAGAACCAGCGAGUGGACCGACUGCGACGUGGCAUGCGGAGGCGGAUUCCAGUAUCGCGGCGUGGACUGUCUCUACAAUGACGAGUCGGGACCCCGCGUGGUCGAGGACGCCUACUGCGCUCAGUACACUCAGGCACCCACUGACCAGCAGAAAUGCAACAUGCAGCGCUGCACCGACCACCCCGCAAGUGCGAUCAUUUCCUACAUCCCCUCUGAGAACGCCGUUCAGUGCCGCACCACCACCCACGGGUGCUGCUACGACCGCACCACCCCUGCUGCCGGGCCCAAUGGAGAGGGCUGCCGUGACCCACCCGCACCUUUCGAGCGCUCCAUCUGCUCGCUGCCUAAGGCCGCUGGAUCCUGCUCCAGCUGGACGGCGCGCUACUUCUUUGAUGUUCUAAGCGGCAAGUGUACCGAGUUCUGGUACGGAGGCUGCCACGGCAACAGCAAUCACUUUGCAACACAGGAGGAGUGCCACAGGGUCUGCCACGAGCCUAAUGGCAGAGCAAAUGGCAAUGGAAAUGGCAAUGGCAAUGGAAACGGAAAUGGAGAUGGUAACGGUAACGGUCACGCCAAUGGAAAUGGCAAUGGUAAUGGCCGCACCAAUGGAAAUGGCAACGGCCAUACCAACGGAAACGGAAAUGGUAACGGUUACACAAACGGAAACGGUAACGGCCGCUCAAAUGGAAAUGGCAACGGUAAUGGCCGCACCAACGGAAAUGGUAACGGCCACACCAACGGAAAUGGCAAUGGUAAUGGUUACUCAAACGGCAAUGGAAACGGUAACGGCCACCCCAACGGCAAUGGCAAUGCUUACGGUUACUCAAACGGCAAUGGAAACGGUAACGGCCACCCCAACGGAAAUGGAAAUGGUAACGCCCACCCCAACGGCAAUGGUGACAGUUCGUCAAACGGCAAUGGAAACGGUAACGGCCACCCCAACGGCAAUGGAAACGGUAACGGCCACCCCAAUGGCAACGGUAAUGGUUACUCGAACGGCAAUGGAAACGGUAACGGCCGCACCAACGGCAAUGGAAACGGUAAUGGCCGCCCCAACGGCAAUGGCAAUGGUAACGGUUACUCAAACGGCAAUGGAAACGGUAACGGCCACCCCAACGGCAAUGGAAACGGUAACGGCCACCCCAACGGCAAUGGCAAUGGAAACGGUAACGGCCACCCCAACGGCAAUGGAAACGGUAAUGGCCACCCCAACGGCAAUGGCAAUGGAAACGGUAACGGCCACCCCAACGGCAAUGGAAACGGUAACGGCCACCCCAACGGCAAUGGCAAUGGAAACGGUAACGGCCACCCCAACGGCAAUGGGAACGGUAACGGCCACCCCAACGGCAACGGUAAUGGUUACUCAAAUGGCAAUGGAAACGGUAACGGCCGCAACAACGGCAAUGGAAAUGGUAACGGCCGCCCCAACGGCAAUGGUAACGGUUACUCAAAUGGUAACGGCCGCCCCAAUGGCAACGGUAACGGGCACACCAACGGAAAUGGCAACGGUCGCUCCAACGGAAAUGGAAACGGUAACGGCCGCAACGGUAAUGGAAACGGAAAUGGAAACGGUAAUGGAAAUGGUUACCCAAACGGUAACGGAAAUGGCCGCUCCAACGGAUAUGGACAGCGGGCCAAUGGAAAUGGAAACGGCAACGGAAAUGGUGAGGACUACAACGGAAAUGGAAACGGAAACGGUGGAAACGGCCACUACAACGGAAAGGGCAAUGGCCGCUCCAAUGGCCACACCCAGAGGGUAGCAUCCAGCGUGGCCGACUCUGCCCACAAGGCCCGCCUCGUCUUGAAGGCCCGCAGGCCUUACUUUGUCACCGUGAAAAAGCACCUUAUCCCCGCGGCCAGUUUGACUUUGCCAGCCCAGGUCAAGAUUGACCAGUCGGACCCGUCCGCCGUAGAGGCCCUGGCGGGCCAGACGGUGGUGCUGCCCUGCAGAGUCAGCCCGCCGCCCAGUUCCACCGUGGCGCUCCAGUGGAGCAAGGACGGAGCCGCAUUGACAUCACGCAGACAUCAACAGCAGCCAAACGGUUCGCUGCUGCUCGGCCCCGUCAGCAAGUCGGACGAAGGCUGGUUCUUGUGUGUGGCCACCAAGGAGCAGGAAAGAGACCACCGCUACGUUUACCUGACUGUCUCAGAGGGAGCGUCCCGGCCGCAGCCCACCCCCUUGCCGACGGACGAACUUUCGCCAGGGUUCACCCUGGAGCGCUCGGCCCCAUCCUUGCUGGAGGUGCGAGCGGGACAGGCGGCCCGACUGCCGUGCACCGUCGUACCCGCAACCUCACUCAGACACGUCAGCAUACAAUGGAGCCGAGACGGACGCGCACUCAGCGACUCCAGGUUUGUCCAGCAGUUAGAUGGCACACUGCUCAUUGAGUCGCUUCGGACGGACGACGCCGGUGUGUACACUUGCUCCGCCUCCACGCAGCAUCAGCUGGAACAGAGACGCGUACAUCUCAGAGUUCAAGCUGCCUUGCGGAUCACCAAAGCUCCCGACAAUAUCCAAGUACCUGAAGGCAGCACGGCACUGCUACCCUGCGUGGCGUCGGGAGUCGACGUAAGCAUCGGCUGGUCCAGGAACGGCGUCCCAGUGCGUCCGGACGGACGUAAGGUCCAGGUGUCUGCCGACGGGAGCCUGAUCCUCAACAAUGUGCAGGCAUCCGACGAGGGCACCUACACGUGCAACGCCUACGCCGGCAUCUACUCGGACAGCGCCUCGGCUGACGUGCGCCUCCUCAAAAAUGCGCAAACAGGCGGGGUUAUGACAUCACCAUCGGGGACGCCAUGCUUGGACCAGCCCGAACUGGCCAACUGCGAGCUGGUGGUCUACGCCCGGCUGUGCGCCAACCAGUACUACGCUGCCUUCUGUUGUGCCAGCUGUGCCCGCCAAGCACGCAGCGGUGACAGGUUAGCUCGGUGACGCUACACAGGGCGUGUCACCUUUCCAAUGUUGUCGUCGUGACGAUGUUUUCUUGUCAUUUCAUCAUAAUGUUUUAUUUUUAAAAUGUUCACAAUAAAACCAAUACGUUCACAAUGA